UGCGGUCAUGGCAUGUAGCUGCUAACUACCCAGAAAGGAAGUCCAUUUUUGGUGUUCUACUAUUGCGUCAACCUGCAAACAACACGUAAUAAAACGGAACUUCUGUCCUUCGCACGAGAUAACAUCAAACGAAUUUACUGGAACAGAAUUCGUGGAAAAAUUUAGUGAUGAUCGUAAUCCACGACUUCGGUUAUUCUUGAAGGAAAAAAGAAGAAACGUGAUCAGUGCAUAGUACUUGCACGGAAUUAAAUUUAUAAGAUAAUAGAUAUAUGUGUUUAUCUAUUGCAUUCAGUAUAAGAAGGAACUUACUAGAGUUUUGAAUUUAUAUUAUGGUUAUUGGUUUUUUGAAAAUUCUUCGGGAUAUAGAUACUGAGAAUCGUUAAUUAUUAUUGUAUUACGAGAGAGUGUUUUGGAAGAGUGACCAAAGGGCCGAUUAGUGAAGGGCAGACGAGUGCGAUGAACACCGCAAGGGACGCGCAGAGUUCAGCGGCACUCGCCACUCAUCAAAGGUACCACCAUCAACCUGUAGGACUGACUUUUGCAGAUCACGCACCCUGCUGGUAUAUGCCGCCAACAGCACCAGCGAGACAGAAUAAAAGACCACCACCACUGCCUGGAGCCUCAUCCUUAGAUUGCUGUCCGCCGGGAAAUAUCAAGUCGGAUAUGCAUGCACCACCACCGAUUGUACCUCCGCAUAACAAUGUGUCUUCGUCCAUCCAUCAGCAGCACCACCAGCCAAUUUUGACAGCACAACCCAAUCACCCGCCGCCUCCUUUAUCGCCCAAGUCGCCAGUCAACCAAUCUCAGAGUCAAUUCACAAUCGCCCCAAUUCAGCCGCAAAAAUUGUGCCUGAACAACGGCGGCCCUUCACACCUAAUGUCGACGUCGAUGGGUUCUCAGCAGCUCCUGGCUGCUUCUUCUAAUAAUUCAAGUCAAGUAAUGUCCACAUCGAUGAUCGGCGGAACAAGUGCUAUUCCAGCACAAUCUUUUGGUAUGGAUAGCGCGAGUAAAAAUUUACUAAAUAAUAUACAUCAACCAGUAACAGUGGUUUCGAGAGUUCAAUCCGUGUCGCCAACAUGUGCGCAGAAGAAGGCUGAAGUUAAAUUAAAUGCUAUGCCAUGGUUUCACGGCAAAAUAUCUAGAGAAAGAGCAGAACAGCUUUUGCAUCCUCGAGAAGAUGGCCUUUUCUUAGUUCGCGAAUCAACAAAUUUCCCAGGAGACUAUACGCUGUGCGUAUGCUUUCAGAAUAAAGUUGAACAUUAUAGAGUCAAAUAUCACGACAACCAAUUAACAAUCGAUGAUGAGGAAUUCUUUGAAACUUUAGCACAACUUGUUGAGCAUUAUGAACAGGAUGCAGAUGGUCUAUGUACCCAGUUAAUUACUAGUUUACCCAAAAAAGGUAAACCAGGUUUUUGUGUAGACACGAAAGCAUUUGUGGAUGCUGGCUGGAUGAUACCUGAAAGUGAAUUACAAAUUAAAGAGAGCAUCGGCAAAGGAGAAUUUGGUGAUGUAAUGUUGGGCUUACUAGGAGGUCAAAAAGUUGCUGUAAAAAUGUUGAAAGACUCCAGUGAAGCAGCUCAAAAAUUCUUGGCGGAAGCUUCUGUCAUGACGUCAUUGCGGCAUGAAAAUCUGGUAAAAUUACUCGGUUUGGUAUUCAAUAAUAAACAUAUAUGUCUAGUUACCGAAUUUAUGAGCAAAGGAUCACUUGUGGAUUAUCUUCGCUCUAGAGGAAGGUUGCACGUUACCAAAAUAGAUCAAAUUAAUUUUGCAUAUGAUACGUGUUCCGGUAUGGAAUAUUUGGAAUCAAGAAAAGUGGUCCAUCGCGACUUGGCUGCUCGCAAUGUCCUAAUUUCUGAAGAGGGUUUAGCUAAAGUUUCUGAUUUUGGCUUAGCAAGAGAUGAAAACUUUACUCUGGAAUGUGGUAAACUUCCUAUUAAAUGGACAGCGCCUGAAGCUUUAAAACAGAGUAGAUUCUCAAAUAAGUCUGAUAUGUGGAGUUUUGGAAUUUUACUGUGGGAAAUAUAUUCGUUUGGUCGUGUACCCUAUCCCAGAAUCCCCCUAGCAGAUGUUGUUAAAUACGUCGAGAAAGGCUACAAACUAGAAGCUCCUGAAGGUUGUCCUAGUGAAGUCUACGACAUAAUGAAACAAGCAUGGGAUCUACUACCAGAAAAAAGGCCAUCUUUCAAAGAAGUCAAAGCAAAACUGAGUCAGCUGAAAACAACAACUUCGUAAGAUGACUUUUUUUUAACUUUUAAGUAUAACAUUUAUUUAUAAUGAAUUUUUGAAUAUUUAUAUAAGUUUUUAGCUGGCACUGUUGUAUCAUAACUUUAUGUACCUACUAAUAUUUAUAUUGUUUUUAUGAUUAUUGCAAGUUUUAGUUAUAUAUAAUUUUUAUUGAGCGAACUCGAAUAAUAUAAGACGUGUAGAGGAUACUUUUACGAAGUUAAUAAGGGAAAUAGACUAAUACGUCUAUACGUGUGAAAUGUAGUUUUGAGUCAGUCCUAUUUUUUUAAAGAUUUUAAUAAUGGCAAUAUUAUUAUCUGGAAUUUCGGUUUUAUGGAACAUUGGUAUUGCUUUUCGAAUAGGGAAUUGAAAAUGUAUGAGGACUUUCAAACUUAGAUUUAAUUAUGUUGCACAAGGAUUGAGCGUACAAUAUUAUUAAAACCAAAGUUGUUUGUAGAUAAAAAUCUACAUUUUGAA